UACAGAUUCUUUGGAGAGCCUGUGGUAGAAGCUUGUGUUGAAAAUGGUGCAAGCUGCAUUGACAUCAGUGGAGAGCCCCAGUUUCUGGAAGGAAUGUACCUGAAAUACAACGAGAAAGCUGCAGAAAAGGGAGUGUACAUCAUUGGGAGCUGUGGCUUUGACUCUAUACCAGCCGAUAUGGGAGUACUGUACACCAGAGACAAGCUGAAAGGAACCUUAACUGCUGUCGAGAGUUUCCUGACGGUGAAAUCUGGCCCUGAGGGUUCUUGUAUCCAUGAUGGGACCUGGAAGUCAGCUGUUUACGGCCUUGCGGAUCAAGACAAACUGCGGAAACUUCGCAAAAAGAUAGGCUAUGCUCCUGUUCCAGUAGUUGGUGCAAAACUUAAAAGAAGAGGACUUGCCUUUUACAAUCAGGAAUUCAAAGAGUACUCCAUUCCAUUCAUGGGAUCUGAUGUUUCCGUCGUGAAGCGGUCUCAGCGUUAUUUGCACACAGUGUUGCAUGAAACACCUGUGCAGUAUGGCGCUUAUGUGAAUGUAGGUGGUCUUGGCUCUGUUAUCAAGCUGAUGUUUGCUGGCAUUUUAUUUCUUCUUCUUGUGAAGUUUAGUUUUGGAAGAAAACUUCUGACAAAAUACCCGGAAUUUUUCUCUGCUGGACGCUUCACAAAGAAAGGACCAACCCAGAAACAGAUGGAUGGAACCUCUUUUACAAUGACUUUUUUUGGCGAGGGUUACAGCGAGGGGCAAGAUCCCCAGAAUGGCAAACCGAAUAUAAAGAUCUGCACUGAAGUGAAGGGACCAGAGCCUGGCUAUGUUGCUACACCAAUUGCAAUGGUUCAGGCAGCUCUCUCUCUUCUGGAAGAUGCAGCUUGUCUGCCUAAAAAGGGUGGUGUAUAUUCUCCGGGAGCUGCCUUCUCCAAAACAAAACUGAUCGAUCGCCUCAACCAACGUGGUGUCGAGUUCUCUGUUAUUAGCAAGCCUGAAGUCUGAUGUCAAAACAUAACUGUAUGAACUAAUACCUUUCCUGGGUCUAACUCAAAUAAGUUAUUUGGCUGUAAAAGCCUAAUCAUAAAAUAGUUUCACUGUGCUAUUGUUUGCAGCA